GAGAACGGCGGAGUGAUGGCGAUGAUCAAGCUUCUCGUCGCUGACCUCGACAAGGAGAUGACGGAGGCCGAGACGAGCGAGAAGGACAGCCAGGCCGAUUACGAGGCCCUCAUGAAGGAAUCCGCGGAGAAGCGCGCGACCGAUUCGAAGUCCCUCACCGACAAGGAGGGCGAGAAGGCGAGCCUCGAAGGGGACUUGCAGUCGCACAAGAGCGAUUUGAAGGAGACCAACACGAACCUUGCGACCACGCUCAAAUACAUCCACUCGCUACACACGGAGUGCGACUGGCUCUUGAAGUAUUACGACGUGCGCAAGGAGAUGCGGGCUAGCGAGGUGGACGCCCUCGGGAAGGUGAUCUGCGAGUGCCCGGAGGUGGUCUGCCCGAGGCCGGAGUGCCCCGAGAAUGAUUGCCCGAUCGUGGAGAGUCCGUCUGUCCCCGACCUCAGGGAGGUAUACCCCUUGCUGGAGGAGGGCAUCUUCGCCUUCCUCUUCGUGCCGCUGCUGAUCGCGACAGCCGCGGGAGUGCUGCUCGGCUGCUGGUGUGCCAGGAGGAAGCUGAGUCAGAAGGAGGCGGGCGGUCAGCACGUCAACCCGUCCGUGACGGACGAGAAGCGGGGAUAUUACAUCCUCAUCAAAUACAACGGGGUAGACGAGGACCUGUACCAUGAGACGUUGAUCACGGGGGUCAGUCCAGAGGAUCCCACCGAGAUUACGUUGUACACCGCCGAUCGGGACCACUAUCAGUUCAACAUAGCACCUGGAGAUGACGUUGAGGCGGUGUACUGGAUCGGGCUGCCGGGAGGUCGUCCAGCUCAUGUGCCCGAGAAUGAGAUCUAUCGGUUCCGCCACAACGUGCCGCCCAAUGAGCGCCAGAGGCUCUUCGCGGAGGCGCAGGGCAUGCUGGGAGCAGCGCCGGCGCCUCCACCAGCCCCCCUGGCGGCCCCGAUGCGGAACGUGCAGAGGCAAGGUCUGGGCCGCCCCGCGGGGGCGGCCGCCAGACGCGCCGAGCCCGGCCGCGUGUGGGUCUUUGCCGAGGACCACGGCCGCCACCAGAAGGGCGACAGUGUGGAGGAGCUCCCUGCGGGGGCAGUGGUGCUAGGAGAGAGGGCGGUCGUCCCCGCGGCGGACGGCAGCACGGCUUUCUUGCAGAUGAUCCCCCAGGACAGUAUAGAUGAGUUCAAGAUGGACGAUCUCAGGGUGAUGCCAGUGAAGUUCGACGGCAUGGGACGACGCAGGAGACUCUUCCAGGAUGGCGUCGCCAGCUUCGUGCCCGACGAGCCCGAGGGGGGCUUGGGGUUGGAGGGCCCUGGCACCGUGUCCAGGAGAUGCCAGACCUACGUCGAGAGGUCCCAGACGCCAGUGUCUCAGCAUGCGUCGUGGAGGGCGACAUCGGGCGUCUCGAGCGGGGACCGCAGUGUCUUCGAGCAUGAGGUGCUCUCCGAG